AAUGACAUUAGAUGUGGUGCGGUAAAUCAGGUUUUUAGUCAAAACACUGAACCUUUUUCGUCGGUAUUUUUGGAUUUUACGAUUUUGUGUGCCUUUAACGUAUUUGAGAUCUGUGUAAAGACAAUUUAUUGGUGUGGUAUAUGGUUUGUACCAUCUGAAAUAGUUUAGGUUAAAGUUCAGCAAUUCCAUAGCAAUAGAAAGAAAAUUGGGCUACAGAUUUUUCGUUUUUCUCCUAAACGCUUAUCCUCAGGAUACCCAGGCAACCCAAACAUCCUACAGAAGUAGUCAUCUACUUGUACAUAGGACCAGUUAUACAAUAAUAACUACUUAAAACUACUUAAAUCUAAGCGUCCAGGAUCCAAAUCCCGGCUGAGAACAAAAAGAACAAACCAAAAGAACGAAGAACAGUCAACCAGUAUUGCCAAUACAUAUUUAUGUGAUAGUUAUGAUGUUAAGUUGUUACGUAUCCAAUUAUUUACAAUUUUUUUAUGAUGAUUUUUUGCAAUGUUCAUUGUUUUUAGAUUCGGGUUCUUAUUUGAGAGAGACUUAUAUAUCUGUAUUGCCUUGAUACAGUUGUUUUUAUUGCUUACAGUUAUGGAACGUUUCGGUUGAGUUAUAAGUUUAUUUCUAGUUCUACUAUUGGAUGUUUCAUAUAAACCUUCAAACCUUUUAGUUCAUCAUAAUGAUAAAUUAGGCAUUCAUACGCGAAUAUUUGGUUUAGAUUUAGAGGCUUGUCACUUUUUUUAUUCACUAUUUUUAAUAUUCUGUGCUGUAUCUUCUGUAAAGGGUUAAGAUUAUUUUUAUAUGCACCAGCCCCAAGCAAUAUUUCCAUAGCUAAUAAUACUAUGGAAAAAUGCAUAAUAUAUCAUUUUAAGUGUAUCCGAUCGCAAACAUUUUGAUAAUUUAAAUAUCAUAUAUAUCCAAUAUUUAGUUUUUUUUUAAUACAUGUUCAAUAUGUUUAUCCCACCUUAGAUUAAAGUCAAAAACGAUUCCUAAAUAUUUGCAAUGUUCCACCCUACUCAGCCCAAUACCCUGAAUGCUGAUGCACAUAUCACUAGGUACACUAUCACAAUAAUUUUCUCUCAAUAACUCUUGUUAGAUAUUUUGCAAUAUCAUAAGUCGGACUUCCAAUAGCGCUCACAAUGGGUCUCAGUGGUACAUCCGAUUUAUGGAUCUUGGGCAGUCCGUAGUGCUUCUGAUUUUUUUUUGAGUUUGCCAACUCCUCGGACGGAAAUGUCAUGUUCUUAAUUAAUUUGUUGAUUGUCCUUAGUAUCCGUGCCGUCGGAUCUCGUGCCAACUUCUUGUUCGUUGACGGGGUCAAAAGCUCUUUGAUUUUGUUCUCGUAGUUCAAUGAUAUCAGUAUGUUUAAGUUCAAGUCAAGUUCAGUCAGUUCAAUGUACAGUUGCAGUGCCCUUAUCAGCUGGCAAAACGAGAAUCUCCUUAUCCUCGUUGAGCGUUUUCAAAGCUUUUCUUUCUCUGAAGGUGAGGUUGCUCUUCGGAGGCUUUGAACGUUGUAAAAUUCGUGUUGUCUCAGCCCUUGUCUGCUCCGCGGUUUGAAUAGGCAGCGAACGUAUUCCACUCUCUACAUUUGCUAUGAUGUCUUCUACAGGUAGCCUAAACGGUACUAUGGCAAAGUUUCCUCCCUUGGUCAGCACGCUUUGUUCGUCGGCAGUAAGUUCUUUGCUGGUCAAGUUAACUACAAUCUUCCGUUGGUUCUCCUCGGGUGAUGGUCCUGUUUUGCUGGAUCGGUGAAACCUUUCCGUAAGUGCAUCAAACUUUUUCUUUUGGCGAUUGACUGCUGCUGCUUCGGCCACCAUCGUCCGUUCAGUUGUUAAUCGAUCCACCUUUUCCAAUAGGUCCAGUGCAUUUUGUUGGCUAGUUCUAUGUUGACCGGUAAAAGCCUAUUGUCAAUACGUGCAAGAUCUCGGCGGGUCAUAUAUGAUGGCUAUUUACAAGAACUGCUAAAUCUGCUAUUUCCUUUUUUAACCUUUCGUUUUUGUUACACAUUCGAUUAUGAUUAGUUUUGCUUAAGAAUCUAAAGCAAUUAUCAACCACAUUAUGCUCAUUUUCAUACAACGUUUAAGGAUGCGAUUUAAUAAUAUUAUUGUUUAUUAAUACAACAAAAUGAAUGUGUUUGCAUAGAACAUAAUUUAUAUAAUGGUCUUGACAACUGCAACUGUACUGAUGAACACAAAUUUUGCAAAACUCGCAGUCUAACAUACAGCACUUAUUUAAUACAUGCGUUUUUUUGUAUAACAGUGUAGUGGCUAUCAUCACUAAUUAUUGUCCAAUUUGCAAUAUCUACACAACCCAAAUUAAAUGAUGAAGAUACAGCAAUAUUAUAUCCAUGUCUUCUAUGAUAAUUCUGUUUUCCUUGGUAUGCUUAAUCAUUCUGUCCCCAAUUUUAUCGCGUAUACACUUUAAAAUAGCAUGCAGACCUUUGUCUAACCGUUUGACUGUCACGUAAUCGUUCUAAACCAAUAAGAUUAUGGAAUGUAUGGCUGUUUUUAACGCCUCGUUGUAUGGCUUUUAGGUCCAGUUUCGAUGAAAAUAGUAAUAGUUUGCGUUUACAAAAUAAACAAGGGCCACUCUUUUCACAUCUCGACACUUGUAGCCCCUUUUCACACUUAUUAAAGUAUCUUCGGUAAAGUCUAUCACACUCUUCUCUUCUAUUGCCACCGUCAAGAUGGCAACCCAAAUGGAUGAAAAUAUAAAUACUGAAGAGCUCAUUUCUGAAAUUGAAAACUAUCCAGCUAUUUGGGACAUAUCUUGCAGUGACUAUAGCAAUAAACAUUUAAAAAAGAAUAGCUGGGAGGCAGUGUUGGUCAAAUUUUAUCCAGAUUUUGCAGAAAAAACUUAUGCGGAACAGAAUAAUAUAGCGGUGCGGGUGCAAAGAAAAUGGAAAAGCCUUCGAGACUGUUACACGAGGGAGUUAGCCAAAUUGAAAAGCGAAAUGUCUGGAAGUGGAUGUUCAGGCCGUAAGCAGUAUAUAUAUUUUAAUCAGCUAAGCUUUCUACAAACCUCAAAAAAAGCAACAACUAGCCGCAUUGCAGAGGAACUGAGUGAUGUGAGGAGUGAAGAAAUGGUCGAAGUUAUCAUCGAAGAAAAUAUUGAAAGCAAUGAAAUUCCAGUUAGUCCAAUGCUGCGAGCAAAAGCGCGCAGAAGGAAGACAACUUCCUCAAGUUCCAAAAAAUCAGAAGACAAACUGUUUGUUGCCCUGGCAAACCAGAUAAUGAAAACUAAAGCAGGAGAUGUUGAAAAAGAUGAAGAUACUUUGUUCAUGUUAUCUUUAGUAACUGAAUUAAAAAAGGUUCCGGAUGAUUUAAAAUUAGACGUAAAGUCGGAGUUAAUAAACGUUUUCCGAAAGUUUAGAAAUACUCAACGUGUAACUGCACUAGCAUCACCUCCACCAUGACAUACCCUAGGAUAAUACAUAAUUAUUUAACAGACACAUGUACUCUUCCACCCAAGACUCGGGUGAUUAUUCCCUCGUAGAUUUUUAAGUUUUUUUUGUGAUACAAACUUUCUUAAUUUAUGUAUUUUAUGUCAUAUACGAAUGUAUUUCUCAUAUUAAAAUUAAUUAAAUAUAAAUGAUGUGAAAGUGAGUGAAGUGAGGUAAGGCAACCUCAAUGUUAUUGUCAGUUUAACUUCUCAUUGUUGUAUUUAUCCUGGAAAUUUCAAUCUGCAGUAUGGAUUUCAAUUCAAAGAAUGAUUUCCUUGACACUCUAAAGAACCGAAAAAAAAUGUAUCAUCAUCUUCUAAUAAAUCUGAAUACAAUGUGUGAAA